GGGGACAGCGGGGCACCCAAGGGUCCAACAUUUAUGGAACCAACUCCCUGAGCAGAGACUCAAACACAGAGAGAAACAACAAGGCUUUGUCAGUGAUUAGAUUAAUUCCAAACUGGAUUGGGAAGGUCUGGCAGUGCUUGGGAGGCUGUGGAAGGCUGUUGUGGCUGGAGCUGGAGCAUCCUCAAAAAUCCACCUCACCUCUGGGCAGCAGUGGAAAACACGGAUCUGCCCCAGCAGAUUCUCACUGUUCUUCCCUGGAAUCUGCCGAUGGAGCUACUCCCCCCUCUCUGCUGUUCCACUACCAGCUCUCCCAAAUUUCCCUGGAGAAAGAAACCAAGAUGUUCCAUAAGCAAAGGAUCCCAGCCCAGGACACCUGAUGGAGCACCGUGGAUGAGGGAUCCCCACUGAAGGACGAGCCAUGCAGUAGGAGCCAGCACAUCCCACGGAAAAGCAGGACCCACGGGAGGGACGGGACAUGCAGAACCUCGGCUGCCUCCCCUGGGGACUCCUCCUCAUCCUCAGCACCACCAGCACGGAGGGUUUUGCCCGGGCAGGCCGUAGGGUGUGUGCCGCGGGGCCACCGAGCCACCUGAGUGCCCACGCCGAGUCCCACGUGCAGCCCGUGUACCAGCCCUACCUCACCACCUGCCAGGGCCACCGCCUCUGCAGCACCUACAGGACCAUCUACAGGGUUGCCUACAGGCAGAGGUACAGGCAGGUGCCUGAGCCCAUGGCCUCGUGCUGUCCUGGCUGGAGCAGAACAAACGGCCACACACUUGGCUGUAACAGAGCUCUCUGCUGGGAGCCAUGCCAGAACGGAGGGAGCUGUGAUUUCCCUGGGAGAUGCUCCUGCCCUCCUGGCUGGAUGGGGCGAGCCUGCCAGACAGACGUGGAUGAAUGUGCCAGUCAGAGCCACGGGUGCAGCCAGCUCUGCAUCAACACAGCUGGGAGCUUCCACUGUGCCUGCCGGGAUGGCUUCAGCCUCGCUGCCGAUGACAAGGGCUGCCAGCCCUCGGUGCCACUGCCUGGGACAGACACCUCCAGCCAAGCAGGUCCCUCCAGUGAAAUGAAGGAAGAAAUGAAGGACCUGAGGAGCAGAGUGGAAGCGCUGGAGCAGAAGCUGCAGCUGGUGCUGGCCCCUUUCCACAACCUGAUGCUGCCGGAGGAUGUCGGUGCAGACCCCAUCAGCCGCCUGUCCCACUCCCUGCAGCAGCUGGACAGGAUCGACUCCCUGAGUGAGCAGAUCUCCUUCCUGGAGGAGCGACUGGAGACCUGUUCCUGCAAGAACGAACUCCAGCAGAGUGCCUGGGGACCUGGAGCAAGCUGAGUCCAUCCACAGCUCUUAUCUCCCUCUCCAGCCCCAGGCUGGGGGUGAAGCCACACCACCCACAGGAAGGCACGGGGUAGCAGGAGAAGGCUGGGCUCCCAGCAGCAUCUCCAUCGUUCUCUCUUCCAGCUCACCUCACCAAAGGGCACCCAGCUCCUGCCAGAGUGGACUCUGAGCCCUCUCCCUGCUGGAGAGGCAACAAAUAAACACCUUA